AUGAUUCAGAGAAGGGUGCCUGUGGAAAGGGAAUUGGGAAAAGAUGUUGCUGAUGUCAAGGAGGUCAUGGACCUGAUAAAAGUUGUUAGGCUUUUGAAGACUGUUGUUGGGUUCUCUCAGUGUUAUGAAGGUUUAGUCAAGGAAUUUAUUGUUAAUAUUCCUGAGGAUAUUUCUGAUAAGAACAACAAGGAGUUCUGCAAGGUGUAUGUGAGGGGUAUGUGUAUAACAUUCUCUCCUACUGUUAUUAAUAAUUUUCUAGGCAGAAAUAAUGAGGGUGCAGGAGAAUUAGAGGUGAAAGUUUGGCCUUUUAAAAAGCAUUUUCCUGCUGGGAAGUUGACCAUCAAGUAUGUUAUCCUGCAUAAAAUAGGAGCUGCUAACUGGGUCCCUACCAACCAUAUCUCCACCAUUGCUAAUACUCUUGGGAGGUUUAUUUUUGCUGUUGGGACAAAAGUGAAAUUUGACUAUGGUAGAUUUAUGUUUGAUCAAAUCAUCAAGCAUGCAACUACUAAUGCAGUUAAGCUGCCAAUUGCUUUUCCCUCUAUGAUCUGUGGAGUUAUCUUGAACCAACAUCUUGGUAUUCUGUGCUCAAAUGAUUUACCUAGUAGGAGAAAGCCAGCUCUGUCUGUGCAUUACAAACUCUUUGAAGGCAGUCAUGUCGAGGAUAUUGUCAUGACAUCUGCCAUGAAGAGGCCAGCCUCAAAAGUUGGAGCAAUUGCUGAGCUUAAGGAGACAUGCAAAGAGCUAGGUGAAGGGAUUAGGGUAGCCACAACUAGAAAUCAGUCUUUGGAAGCCUUUAUUGAAAGCUUGGAGCAGGCUAAGGGUGAAAGUAUUGAACAUGCUAAUGUCAGCCAUGAAGAAGAAGCUGAAGCCCACACCUCUAGUGAGAGGUCUUCUAACAAUGAUAAUGCGAGUGGUAAUUCUGCUUCUGGUGAUGCUGAAGAGGCUGCAAACUCAAGCUCUACUGAGUAG